AUGUCAUCAAUAUCGACUAUUUCAACAUCAACAACAACUACAACAGCGACAAUAUUUGGUCAAUAUAAUACAUAUCUAAGUGAUCAACAAUUAAAACAAACAAGAAUGACAAAUACAAUGGUUGAGGAAGAAGAAGAAGAAGAAAUUGAAAACGAUAUCGAUGUAAAUGACGACGAUGAUGAUGAUGAUGAUCAAAAUCAAGAUCAAGAAAAUGAAUUAAAUGAUGAUGAAUAUUUUGCCUGUAAUGUUUGUGAUCGUUUAUUUAAAACGGCACGUAAAAUGGCUAAACAUCAGGUUUAUCGUCGUCAUUUUGGUUGUUCAAUCUGUGAUCAAAUUUUUCCAACAUUACCAUCAUUAGAAUUACAUAAACAAACCUUGGAUCAUUGGUCGGAUGAUGAUGAUGAUGAUAAUGAAGACGAUGAAGAUGAAGACAAUGAUGAUAAUGAAAACAUCAAAGUUAAUAAUAAUGGUGGCAACGAUACUAAAAUUGUUGAUAAUGAUAAUAAUUAUCCGAUAGUUAAAACAAGUCGUUCAUCACCUAUACGAUCAAUAUCGACAUCGAUCAAUCAACAACAACAACAACAACCGACAAUAUUUACAACAAGUUUAAGCAAUAAAUUAAUGGCAUCGGUAUUUAAUUUUUCAAUUACACGUGGUGGUGGUGGUCAUGGACGUUGUGGUACAGCGGUAGCCGCAUCCAAAACAUCUCAUCAUCAUCAUCAUCAAAAUUCGGAUUUUGUUUUCAGUAUUGAAGAAUUACCACAAGGUCUUAUUUGA